AUGCUCUACUCUACACCCUCUGCGAGAGAAUUCCAACAGUAUGCUUUAAGUUUGAGCACAAUCACAUUAAAGCUAAAGCUCAGAUAUUCCGGCACGUCGAGGUCUCUGCAUAUCAAUCAGCAAAAAGCUACUAAUGAGCAAAAAUACUCAUCUGAAACACCCAAGAAAACUAAUGAUGCAAUUCAAAUACAAUUGGAAAGACAAGAUCUCAAUAAGUCUUUUAAUGAACUACUGCCUACGCCUGAACUUUUUAGACUGAAAGAGAACAAGGCGCCGAAAAGAAAAUCCAUUAACUACAAAGCACAGUUAGUAACCAAAGACCUGUUCUCUUCAAGGUCCUCUAAAUGCGAACUCAAACGUAAAAUCAGAAAGCAACCAACAGCAUCCUCGUCGAAGAUUCUAGUGGAAAACUGCUCAGACAAUAACACGCCAAAAAGUGAAUCUUGGUACUGUUGA